AUUCUAGGGAAUAAAAAAAAAAAGGUAUUUCAAGUUUUCCACUUAACCAGAAGACAAUCUGAGGUGGUAUUGAAGGUUUGAAUUAAUGGAUCCACAGAUUGUUGUAGACAUAAAGAGUUUAAUCUCAGAAGAUAAUGGUUUGAAGCUUCUUAGAGAAUCAGCUGGUUCAGAGUUAUGUUGCAUCGUGAGAAUCCCACAGAGCCUCGCUCGAAUCAACCUCAAAGCUUAUGAACCGAAGAUUGUCUCCAUUGGUCCUUACCAUCACGGCAAAGAGCAUCUCAAAAUGACUCAGCAGCAUAAACGCCGAUUCUUGAAGUUUUUCGUGGCUAAAAUGGAAGAAAAAGGAUUUGUUCCUCAAGAAUUGGUCAAAGCUGUAUCGAGUUUGGAAGGAGUUAUACGAGGUUCUUACUCCGAGGAUCUAGGUUUAGAUUCUGAAAACUUGGUUCAGAUGAUGGUUCUUGAUGGUUGCUUUAUCCUCACGUUGUUCUUUGUUGUUUCCGGGAAAGUUGAAUACACUAAUCUUGAUGAUCCGAUUUUUCGAAUGCCGUGGAUUUUGCCGUCGAUUCGAGCAGAUCUUCUCCUUUUGGAAAACCAGGUUCCUUAUGUUCUUCUUCAAACUCUAUUUGAAACAUCGAAGUUAGUUACUUGUAGUGGUUUAAACGAAAUCGCCUUUGAAUUCUUUAACUACUCAUUACAAAAACCAGAGACCUUUUGGGAAAAACAUUAUGGUCUUGAAGCAAAACAUCUUCUUGAUUUGAUACGUAAGACUUUUGUUCCUGUUCCGUCUCAAAGAAGAAUCAAAGAUCAUAGCAGUAAAUCGUCAUUCAAUGAUCAUGAAUAUCUCGGAUUUGUUCUCUCUGCCAAGAAGCUUCAUCUUCGGGGAAUCAAAUUCAAACCGAGGAAAAACACAGACUCAAUCUUAGACAUUAGUUAUAGUAAUGGUGUGCUUCACAUUCCUCCGGUAGUCAUGGAUGAUUUUACCGCCUCGAUCUUUUUAAACUGUGUCGCAUUUGAGCAAUUAUAUGCUGAUUCAUCGAACCACAUAACGAGCUACGUAGCUUUCAUGGCUUGUCUUAUAAACGAAGAGAGUGAUGCAUCGUUCCUUAGCGAAAGGAGGAUCCUAGAGAACUAUUUUGGAACAGAGGAUGAAGUGUCCCGGUUCUAUAAACGCAUUGGUAAAGACAUUGCCCUCGACUUAGAGAAGAGUUACCUAGCAAAGGUGUUUGAAGGAGUUAACGAGUAUACUUCUCAAGGAUUCCAUGUUCAUUGUGCAGAGUUUAUUCAUACGCAUUUCGAUAGUCCAUGGACAUUUGCAUCAUCAUUUGCAGCGUUGUUGCUUCUUCUGUUUGCGGCUUUGCAAGUCUUCUUUGCAGCUUAUAGUUAUUUCCGUCCUCCAAAAGAAAAGUGAAAGAUGCUUUGUAAACAUAAACUCAUUGUAAUGAUUCUUUAAAGUUAAGUUAAGUGUUUUGAUUCUUGAAUCUAUAUUUUGUUUUGUUAUUUUUCUUUAACACGUUAGAUUUUGAUUUUUUAACCUUCAAAACGAUAUGUUGAUUUUCU